AUUGGUGCAAAACUCUGAAGUGCACGCCAUUAUAUAGACCGAGUUUGGCUCGAAACUAUCUAUCAAAGAGAGAGACAUACUGUACUGUGAGUGUGUCUUAUUGAGAACCAUGGCUUCUUGGAGGAUCUCUUCACUGCUCUCUCGUUCUUUCUCUUCUUCUUCUUCUUCUUCUUCUUCAGCUACUCUGUUUUCUAGAGGUAGAAGUACUUCUAACUUGAGCAGAGGAAUAUAUAAAUAUAGCACUGCUGCUGCUGUUGAAGAUCCAAUUAAUCCACCGGUUAAAGUAAAUUAUACCCAGCUUUUGAUUGGUGGGCAAUUUGUGGAUGCAGCAUCAGGGAAAACUUUUCAGACAUUGGAUCCUAGGACAGGGGAUGUGAUUGCUAAUGUUGCUGAAGGUGAUGCUGAGGAUGUAAAUCGAGCAGUUGCUACUGCUCGCAAGGCAUUUGAUGAAGGACCAUGGCCAAGGAUGGCUGCUUAUGAAAGGCAAAGGGUACUUUUGCGCUUUGCUGAUUUGAUUGAACAGCACAAUGAUGAACUUGCUGCACUUGAGACUUGGGACAAUGGAAAGCCUUAUGAACAGGCCGCCAAAAUUGAAGUUCCAAUGUUGGCACGACUAAUGCGAUACUAUGCUGGGUGGGCGGAUAAGAUCCAUGGUCUCACAGUUCCGGCUGAUGGACCGUACCAUGUGCAAACCUUGCAUGAACCUAUUGGUGUUGCGGGCCAGAUUAUUCCAUGGAAUUUUCCUCUUCUCAUGUUUGCUUGGAAGGUCGGGCCUGCAUUAGCAUGUGGCAACGCUAUUGUAAUGAAAACAGCAGAGCAGACGCCAUUGUCUGCUCUCUUUGCAGCAAAGCUACUGCAUGAGGCUGGACUUCCUUCUGGUGUUCUAAAUGUGGUCUCUGGUUUUGGUCCAACUGCCGGUGCAGCUAUUGCCAGUCAUAUGGAUGUGGAUAAGCUUGCUUUCACUGGAUCAACAGCUACAGGAAAAGUUGUUCUUCAAUUGGCAGCAAAAAGCAAUCUAAAGCCAGUUACUUUGGAACUUGGAGGGAAAUCCCCCUUUAUUGUAUGUGAGGAUGCUGAUGUAGAUAAGGCUGUUGAGCUUGCACACUUUGCUUUGUUCUUUAAUCAGGGACAAUGCUGCUGUGCUGGAUCUCGUACAUUUGUACAUGAGCGUGUAUAUGAUGAGUUUGUAGAGAAAGCAAAGGCACGUGCUGUGAAUCGUUCUGUUGGUGAUCCAUUCAAGGGGGGCAUAGAACAAGGUCCUCAGAUUGACUCAGAUCAAUUUGACAAAAUCCUGAAUUACAUAAAUUCUGGUAUUGAAAGUGGAGCUACCCUUGAAACUGGGGGAGAGAGAUUUGGCAACAAGGGCUAUUUCAUUAAGCCCACAGUGUUCUCAAAUGUUAAGGAUGACAUGUUGAUAGCAAAAGAUGAGAUAUUUGGUCCAGUGCAGACCAUCUUGAAAUUCAAGGACCUUGACGAGGUGAUUCGAAGAGCGAAUUCCACACCCUACGGGCUUGCUGCUGGGGUGUUUACACACAACAUAGACACUGCUAACACUUUAACACGCGCAUUACGAGUUGGGACGGUAUGGGUGAACUGCUUUGAUACCUUUGAUGCUGCAAUUCCUUUUGGUGGGUACAAGAUGAGUGGGCAAGGCAGAGAGAAAGGAAUUUACAGUUUGAAUAAUUACUUGCAAGUGAAGGCUGUUGUCACUCCUUUGCAUAAUCCAGCAUGGCUCUAAGUUCAAUUUGCUUUUUCUAUCUGCGGCAUUUUGCAAAUAAAAUAAAGAGAAGACCGGAUCAAAAUUGGAGGCUAUGUUUGACUGAUGACGAUGAUAAAAUCUUUGUUUGUAAUUGACUGCAAAUCCUGGGUGAAUCAAUUGUGCUGCAGUGUAUAUUUAAUAAAUUGACUUUUAGCUGUUUUUUAAUUUAACUCCUUUUGGGACUA